CAUCAAAAAACCCCUCAAUUUCUCAUUGCUACGAUGGCCUUUCACGUCGCCUGCCCAAUUACAUGUCGUCGAAUUUGCUACUGCUCGCUAGGGUUUCCACGGGAGGUACAGAAUGAAAAGGGGCAAAUUGGGUUCUUGGAGGAAAUUGAUAGGCUCAAGGCGUUUUUGGAUGAUCCAUGGUUGAUUAAAGACGAUAAGAAAAGGGUACAGGUUCUUGUCCCUAAGGUCGAUGUUACGCCUCCUCCGCCACAGUUGACAGUGACUCCUAAUGCUGUGGUUGUUGAUGGAGGUUGUGAAGAUGCUGCGGAUGAGAUGUUAUCGGCACAGAAUAAGCGGGCGGCGAUGCAAAAGAAGGCGGCUGCCGCGUCAUUGGUGGCGGAGGAUUAUGCUCGGAGAUUUGAAUCUGGAGAUCCGGAGGGUGUAAAUAAAGAUUUAGCUGGAGAAGAGCAAGUUAUCUCUAAUGGAAAAGUAAUGUGUCGCCUUUGUUUUUCUGGAGAAAAUGAAAGAAGUGUGAGAGCAAAGAAGAUGCUAUCAUGUAAAACUUGUAACAAAAAGUAUCACAGAAGCUGUUUGAAAACUUGGGCUCAUGAUAGAGAUUUAUUUCAUUGGACUUCUUGGACAUGUCCUUCAUGUCGAAUAUGUGAGGUAUGCAGAAGAACAGGUGAUCCAAACAAGCUUAUGUUUUGCAAAAGGUGUGAUGCUGCAUAUCAUUGUUACUGUCAGCAUCCUCCUCACAAGAAUGUGAGUAAAGGACCUUAUUUGUGCCCUAAGCAUACAAAGUGUCACAGCUGUGCAUCUACAGUCCCAGGGAAUGGUUCAAGUCUCAGGUGGUUUCUUGGGUAUACUUGUUGUGAUGCUUGUGGACGAUUAUUUGUGAAGGGAAAUUAUUGCCCUGUUUGCUUAAAGGUGUAUAGAGACUCUGAAUCAACACCCAUGGUUUGUUGUGAUGUCUGUCAAAGAUGGGUGCAUUGUCAUUGUGAUGGAAUUAGUGAUGAAAGGUAUUUACAGUUUCAAGUGGAUAAUCACUUGCAAUACAGUUGUGCUACAUGUCGUGGAGAAUGUUACCAGGUUCGGGAUCUUGAAGAUGCUGUUCAGGAGCUCUGGAGAAGAAGAGACAAAGCUGAACAUGACUUAAUCACCAGCUUAAGAGCUGCAGCAGGAUUACCAACACAAGAAGAAAUAUUUGCAAUUUCACCUUAUUCAGAUGAAGAUGAUGAUACCCCACCCCCACCCCCACCCCCUCCUCUAAAAAAAGAAUAUGGCCAUUCCUUAAAGUUUUCCCUCAAAGGACUAAUCGAAAACAAAUCCCCUAAUAAAAAAAACAAAAAAAAAUCUUCUAAAAGAUAUGGAAAGGAAAAAGGACACAGUGAUGCUCAAUCUAUUGGAUCCAUCACAGGCGAUAAUAAUAAUAAUAAAGAUGAAGAUGUGGAGUCUUUUAGAAGUAGCGAAUCGGAUUUUUAUAAAAACAAAAACAAGCUUGUUAAUGAGAUUUCUGGGACAAGUUUUAAGUUUUUUAAAGGUAGAAUGAAGGAGGAGAGUGGAAAAGAUGUUAAAUCAAAGGACAUUAAGGGGAGAAAAUUGGUUAUACAUUUGGGUGGGAGACAUAAAACUUCAAUAAAUUCUCCAAGGUCUGAUGUGUCAAACUCCCUCGUUGACCAACCGUUGACCACUCCAAAUCGUGGUGAAGACAUGGUACAAGAAAGACCAAAAGAUAAUUAUUUGGACAUGCUUGCAAAUGCAAACUCAUCUAAGCUCUCUGAUGUAGAAGGAGACAACUUAAACCAUGAUGAUGAUGAAACCGGUGUUUCGUUUGGUAAAAGGAGCACGAAUAGGAGCGUGACACCUGGCAGUGGAAGUGAAAAAGUUACGCCUUCGUUGAGACUGAAAUUCAAGAACCCGUAUUCAGAUGAUCAGAGCUUUGUGAAGGGUCAAAGGUCAAAGAGAAAGAGACCUUUGACUUUUAUGGAUAAGUCAUCAUCUUUUGUUCAAGAAGAAGAUAAUAAUAAUAAGAAUAAAAAUAAAAAUAAGAAGAAAGGGGAUGGAAACUCGUAUGAUGAGAUCAUGGAUGCGAAAUGGAUAAUUCAAAAGUUGGGAAAACAUGCAAUUGGAAAAAUCGUUGAAGUUCAUCACCCAUCAAAUAAUUCCUGGCACAAGGGAACAAUAAUUGAAUUUUGUGAAGAUACGUCAACUGUAUUGGUUACUUUAGAUGAUGGAAAAGCAAUGAAUGUGGAUCUUGGAAAACAAGGAAUCCGCUUUGUUUCAAAGAAGCAGAGACUGUAAAAAGUAAAACGAGUGGUAAUAUUUUUUUUUACGUUGUGUUCAUUGAGCUGUGUGUAGUUAAAUUUUUUUUAAGAAAUGAUUUUUUUUUUUUUUUUUUUUUUUGU